UUGUAAUAGGUGCUUUUUCAUAUUUCUUAAUUUCCUUUAAUUUGUAGAGAAUAGUCAUACAGAGGCUCACUGAGGCUCAGGAAAGACUGACGAGUCAGGAAUUGCUGUUGGCCCAGUCUCAGACCAGUGUCCAGGAGCUGAGGAACCGCUGCCUAGAGGUGAGCCGGAAGGAGUGAGACCAGGAGUGACUGCUUCAGCAACAUCCACCCUUGAAAACGUAUCAGCGGUCUCUGGAGUGAACAACAUAUGAAACAUGAAGAAAGCAAUAACUGCAGAACAGAUAACAGAAUGGUUUACAUUAGGGACCCAUUUUGCUAACAUUCUAAUCACGGAUGAAGUUCCAAAAGAAGUAAAGUUAGAGGAGUCAUCAAUACAGAGCCCUGCAAAAGCUUCCCAACAGCAGGGCAGUCCAAAGAGGGAUGACUCAGAUGGAGGACUGAGGAACAAGACAGGAAAGCCUGACUUUUUGGCGAGUUCACCUCCACCUCCAUUGACCACUUAUGAGUACCCGAGCUUGCCCAUCACAAAGAAUAGACAGGAGAUCAUCUCUCUGAUUGAAAACAACUCAGUGGUGAUCAUCCGUGGAGCCACAGGGAGUGGGAAGACUACCCUGCUGCCCCAGUUCAUCCUGGACUACUACAGCGAGAAGAAUGCCCCUUGUAACCUCGUAGUCACCCAGCCUCGCAAAAUAGGCGCCAGCAGCAUCGCCCGAUGGGUUGCCAGAGAGCGCAAGUGCACCCUGGGUAGUCUUGUGGGAUACCAGGUGGGCCUGGAGAAGAUGGUCACUGAACACACAAGACUCAUCUACAUGACCACUGGGGUGCUGCUGCAGAAACUGGUCGGAGCAAAGAGCCUGACUGAGUACUCCCACAUCUUCAUAGAUGAGGUCCAUGAGCGGACAGAGGAGCUGGACUUCCUUUUAUUGGUUGUGAGGAAGCUCCUCCAUUCCAACUCUCGUUACAUCAAGGUCAUCCUCAUGUCAGCCACCAUCAACUGCAGGGAGUUUGCGGAGUACUUUGGCACCCCCAUCCGCAGCCAGAUGAACCCAGCCUAUGUGUUUGAGGUGGAGGGGGCUCCCUACGCCAUAGAGGAGUUCUACCUGGAGGACCUCUGCAGCCUGAUUCCCUACAGGGUGGAUACCCGCCGUCCAGAUGACCCUUACAUCACUGUGGAGAUGUACAACGUGGCUGUCAGCCUUAUCCAGAGCUUUGACGAGCUAGAGGCCAAAGAUCAGAGCAGUAGGACUGCGAGGGAGGGAGGCCUGUCUCUGCCAGACCGGGGCAGUGUGCUGGUGUUCCUCCCUGGUCUGGGUGAGAUCCACUACAUGCAGGAGGCUUUGUCCAAGCUGGUGCGCAAGAGACUGCAGGUGUACCCACUCCACUCCUCUGUCACUCUGGAGGAGCAGAAUGGGGUGUUUCUGGUGCCUGUCCCAGGAUACAGGAAGAUCAUCCUCUCCACCAACAUUGCAGAGAGCUCUGUUACGGUCCCAGAUGUCAAAUAUGUGAUUGAUUUCUGUCUGGCACGACACAUGGUCUGUGACAAAGAGACCCAUUACCAGUCCCUCCGCCUCACCUGGGCCUCCAAGACCAACUGCAACCAGCGUAGAGGCAGGGCUGGGCGAGUGUCUAUGGGCUACUGUUACCGGCUGGUGACCAAGGAGUUCUGGAGGAAUGAGAUCCCAGACUAUGUGGUUCCUGAGAUGGUGCGUGCCCCCCUGGCUAACAUCAUGCUGAAGGUGAAGCUUCUGGACAUGGGGGACCCCCGCUCCCUCCUCUCCACUGCUCUCUCACCCCCCCAACUCAAUGACAUUGAGAGGACCAUACUCCAGCUCAAAGAGAUGGGUGCACUGUCUGUGGGGAACGAUGGUCAAGGCCAGAAGCGUUUUGAUGGAGAGCUGACGUUUCUGGGUCGGAUCCUGGCUCACCUGCCUGUGGACCUGCACCUUGGGAAGAUGAUAGUGCUCGGCCACGUCUUUGGCUGUCUGGAGGAGUGCCUCAUCAUAGCCGCCUCUCUGUCUCUGAAGAGCUUCUUUGCCAUGCCCUCCCUGCAGCAGCUGGCAGGGUACAGGAGCAAGCUGUCGUUCGCACACGGUGUGCAGAGUGAUUUGAUUGCUUUUGUCAACGCAUUCAAGGCUUGGCACACGUCCAGAAGCAAAGGAGAGUUGAGGCAUCCAAAGUCCGAGCUGGAGUGGGGCAAGGAGAACUGCAUCCAGAUCAAGAGGAUCAGAGAGGUGGCCGAGCUCUAUGAGGACCUGAAGGAGAGAACGUCCCAGUUCAACAUGCACGUGAUUGAGAACCCAGUGCCAAUGGACUACGCCAGCCUUCACAAGCAGAGGUUCAUUCUGCAGGUGGUUAUCGCUGGUGCCUACUACCCUAACUACUUCUCUCAAGGGGAAAUGGAUGAAGAGCUGGCCUCCAAAGACCUGUCAGGCCAUGAUCCCAAAACAACAGUGCUGGUGAGGAACCUGCCCCCCUACAGUUUCCUGUACUACAAGCAACUGCAGUCCCUGUUCCGCCAGUGUGGCCAGGUCAAGUCCAUAGCCUUCGAUGGAGCCAGAGGGCAUGUAGAGUUCUACCGGACGACUACUCGAGGGUCGGGGGUGCUCCCUGAGGUGUCACUGGCCCUCCUCUUGGCCCACCAGAGGCAUCCUCUGGACAUUUUUGUGCAUCCCAGUGACGAGGUGGAGACCUUUGCGGGGAGCAGGACCAUCUGCCACAUGAGAUACGCUCGUGUGAAUGUGGACUUCCAGAACAACUCGGUCUACCCAGUGGGGUUGCUGAGCAGCACCAUCGACCCAGACAAGCUGCCCUCUAACCCCAUCUUCGUGGUCAACAUCACAGACGUGGUGGAGGUGGGCCACUUCUGGGGCUUCCAGGCGGAUGAUGCCAGCAUGGAGAAGCAGCGCCAUCUGACAGCGGAGAUUAAUUCUCAUGAGCUGUGUCCAGUUCCUGUCUCCCUCUACCCAAACCUGCUGUGCCUGGCACCUUUCUCUGAGGGCGACGAGCAGGGCCUCUACUACCGUGCCAAGAUCCUGCAUGUCUGCGGCAGCUCUGUGGAGGUUUUCUUUCUGGACUUUGGAAACACCAGUCUGGUGUCGUGUAGCUGCCUGAGGAAGCUACCUGCUGAUAUCAUGGCCCACCCAUUCCAGGCCCAGGAGUUCCAGAUCUCUGGGAUGCGUCCAUCGGCCCAGUCCAUGAUCCUGGGGGACCAGUGGAGCAGCCGUGCCCGCAACCGCUUUAUCACGUUGGUGAACGGCCACCCGCUCAUAGUCUCCCUGUUCUCCAUCCUGCACGGCAUCAUGCGUGUGGAGCUGCUCAUCAACACUGACACGGUCACCUCCAGCGUGGCUGACAUCAUGAUGCAGGAGGGACACGCCAUCAAGGCCGAGGAGAGCUUUGAGUCCAAGCAGAGCCAUGACUUGCUGGUGUCUCUGUACAAAGACCUGCAGGACGGCACCUUCACUCCCAACGCUACCAGCAGCUCCUGGAAGACUAGCAAGGAGGAAGAGAAGCAGCUAAUUGACAGCCUGCUCCAGUCCUUUGCCAAGACCAGCCAGUCCUCUCUGAAGAGCAAGGUUCGUGUGCAUGGCCCGUCCAGUCCUCAUAAAGUCAACUUCCACAGCUUUAGCAACGUCACCAACUACAGGUCGGUGCUCAUAGAGAAGGACAGCAUCAACUCCGUUGCGUUGAAUGACAGUCCUCAGGACAGCCAUCAGCGGAUGCUGGUGGCUGGCUCCGUGUCUGUCAGUGCGACAGGUGCACAGAUUCUACUGAAGGAGACCACACUGAUGCCUCACAUCCGCGGCCUGCCUGCACUCAUCACCAUGCUCUUCACCCCUGCCACAGAGCUACGCACCAACGAGGAGAGGACCAGCUACACUGGUGCCCUCUGUGGUCUGGGGUGGAACGUCCAGUCUCAGGCAGCUGCCCUGCCUGAACAUGACAUGGAGCUCGCCUUUGAUGUCAAAUUCGAUGUAGAGGACAUCACUGAGAUCAAUGCGUUGCGUGGUGCUAUUAACCGUCUGGUGUGUGAGGGGCCCAACGGUCCUCUGCACCUGGGGCCUGACAGGAUCAACAGCCUGCAGGAGGACUGCCGCGAACGACUCGUCAGUCUGUUUACAAAGUCACCCCCUCGAGAAGACCUUGCUCCUGUGUACCAUGAGGAACCAAAGCAAUGGAACCAGGUGGAUCCCAGUCAGAAGAUGGAGAUUGUCCAAAAGGAAGAUGGAAAGAGCAAAGGGGUCCUGUUCCAGCUACACCCCGUCACACUGCUCAACAUAUGAGCCCAUUCUAAAGCAGCAACCAGAACACAGCAUGCUGUCCUGUUUUCACCUCCACUACUCUUAUGUUUUACAAGAUUCUUGCUUAUGGUAACCCUCAGGAGGGACAAUCUCUUUUGAUAAUUAUUAUUAUUUUUUUAAAUUGUGCAAUUGUUAUGACUUAUUUUACUUAAGGUCCUGCCAUGCUUCUUUGGCUGUGUUAUGUUGUUCAGCUUUUCUAUUGCUGUGCUGGUGUAAUUAUACUUUCUAAACACCUAUCCUUUUCUAUUUUGAUAAUUAGUGAUAUUUAAAACAAUGGCAUUACCAUUUUUAUUUGUAUAAAUUAAUCUGACUUAGUCUGAAGGUAUGGUGCUGGUUUCAGUUCGGUACUGUACUUACAAAAAUACACAUUUGAGUGCUUACAACAGA